UGGCUAUCAUAUAAGGGUGCGUUCAGCCUCCAGAGGUUAAUGUACGAUGGCGAGCCAGCGUGAAGAUCAAGCUCCAGGUCAGGUCGAGACAGAUCAUGGCCCAACUCAGCGUGUUACUACUGCAGGGCAGGAAGGAGGCCGGAUAGAGACAGACGCUGCAUAUCGAAGCAACAUUGACCCGAAUGAGGAGUACAACAUGAAUCACAAACGCAGAGGUCUGGCUCUCAUCUUUAACCAGGAGGACUUUUACUGGCAACUCACGUUGCACUCUCGAGGCGGAACCAAUGCAGACAGGGACAACCUGAAAAGAAGGUUUGAGCAGCUGGAAUUUGAGGUGAGGGCUUACAAUAAUAAGAAACGGGAAGAGAUUCUGCACAUCAUCACUGAAGCUGCAAACGCUAAUCACGCAGACGCUGACUGCUUUGUGUGCGUGUUCCUGAGCCACGGUGAAAACGGACACGUUUACGCCUACGACGACAAGAUCGAGAUCCAGGACAUGACGGCUCUGUUCAGAGGAGACAAUUGUCCGAGUCUGGUGGGGAAACCAAAGAUCUUCAUCCUGCAGGCGUGUCGUGGGGACAAACACGAUGAUCCGGUCACUCCCAUGGACGUGGUGGACAGCGAGGAGGUCAAUCAGGUGGUGGUGGACGCUGGUGUGCUUCAGACCCUCCCUGCAGGAGCCGACUUCAUCAUGUGCUACUCUGUAGCUGAGGGUUUCUACUCACACAGGGAGACACUGAACGGUUCCUGGUUUGUUCAGGACCUGUGUGAGCUGCUGCACCAGUACGGCUCCAGGCUGGAGUUCACCGAGCUGCUCACACUCGUCAACCGCAAAGUGUCUCAUCGCAGUGUGGGGAGGUGCAAAGACCUCUCAGCAAUCGGCAAGAAACAGGUGCCCUGCUUCGCCUCCAUGCUCACCAAGAAGCUUUACUUCAGGUCCAAGCGAGGAAACUACGUGUAGACACUCUCGUCCACACACACACACACACACACACACAUGCACAGUCAGGGAUUCUGAUUUAUCUUUCACCUUAAAGCCAUGAUGGAGUUUAUACAGCAGGAGAUAGAGGUGCAGAUGAACAGCCGCAAUGUUUACAAAAGCUCACGGGGUUUACAAAAAUUAUAUUCACACUCGGACUCAUGGGAGAUUUUCUUUCUUAAAGCUCUACUAGGGAACCAAUGAGAAUAAUUUGUUAUGGAAGGGAACCAAUGAAAAUAUAGGGCUGUAUCAGGGGACCAAUGAAAUAGAGGGUUAUCUCAGGGAAUUAAUGAAAACAAGGCUUUGUUGGGAAACCAGUGAAAAUCGGUGGUUAUGCAAGGUAACUAAUAACAAAUGCAGGAAAUGAAUAAAAAUAAAGGGUUAGUUUGGGGAACCAGGAAAAAUGGUGCAUUAUCUCAAGCUUCCAUGGAAAAUGGAUGAUUGUCCAGAAACCAAUCUAACUAGGGCAGUUCUGUGAAAAAGGAACCUUAUGUAGAACCUUAUAUCAGGAAACCGGUAACAUAGGAUUAUAUUAGGGAACCAAUGAAAAUGGAGGGUUGACUAAAGGGGACCAAUGAAAAUAGAGAGUUAUUUAAGGGGACCAAUGAAAAUGGAGGGUUGACUAAAGGGGACCAAUGAAAAUAGAGAGUUAUUUAAGGGGACCAAUGAAAAUAGAGGGUUAUCUAAAGGGGACCAAUGAAAAUAGAGAGUUAUUUAAGGGGACCAAUGAAAAUAGAGGGUUAUCUAAAGGGGACCAAUGAAAAUAGAGAACUAUCUACAGAGGACCAAUGAAAACAGAGGACUAUCUAAAGGGGACCAAUGAAAAUAGAGGGUUAUCUAAAGGGGACCAAUGAAAAUAGAGGGUUAUCUAAAGGGGACCAAUGAAAAUGGAAGGUUAUCUAAAGGGGACCAAUGAAAAUGGAGGGUUAUCUAAAGGGGACCAAUGAAAAUGGAGGGUUAUCUAAAGGGGACCAAUGAAAAUGGAGGGUUAUCUAAAGGGGACCAAUGAAAAUGGGCAGGUAUAUCAAGGAACCAAUGGAAAUUGAUGGUUAAAUCAUGAAACCACUUUUUAAAAUGGCUGUUAUAUCAAGGAUCCAAUGUAAAUGGAAGCUAAAACCAGGUAACUAAUUAAAAUGCAGGGUUUAAUUUCAGGGACUUAAACAAAGGAUUAGGUUGGGGAACAAAAUAUCUCAGGGAUCCACUGAGAGUGGGUUUUUAAAAAGGAACCAAUUAUCAUAUAAAGGAUUAUGUAAAGGAACCAAUAAAAUUGAAGAUUAUGCCAGGGCAACUGUCAUGUCAAGACGAGAGAUAUAAAUAACAACAAAGGGUUAGGUUUGAGAACCAAUAAACAAUAGAUAGUUACCUCAGGAAACCACUUAAAUUUUUUUUUUCAGAGGUCUAGGUCAGUAAAGUUUCCACUGGUCUCAGCAGCAGAGCCUUUCCUUUCCUUCAGGUGCUGCGGUUUCUGUAAUUAUUAUUUAAAACAGCUCGAACAGUGCAGCUGUGAAAACGCUUGUUCGUUUCACUUCCCUCAUCAUACCCUGCGAAUUUCCCUGACUAGUAAAGUAUGUUGCUAGUAAAGUACGAACACAUCGGUGGAAUUACAGCCAGUACCUGUUUAACAAGCUGGAAGUUUUGUGCUCUGAGAGGAAACAAAUGCAGAAGGGAAGAGGAGAGAUUUACUGGGGAUUUCUCAGACAUGGGAAUAAUUGAAUUCGCAGAACAAAGAGUAAUUUCUGCAUUUAUAUUUACAUCUAUUCAUUGUGAGAAGUGAAGCAGAAGUCAAUCUGUCUGUGCUUCUCAGAAUAGUUGAUUUUUAAAAACCUAUUUAAGAUACAUAAGUAAAGUAACCACUGCUUUGCCUUUAAGGGUUCCACAGGGAACAAAACUGUACCUGCACAACACCUUUGUUUGUUCACUGAACACAAAAACAUACCUCAAACUACAAGAGAUACAAUCACGUGCAUUUUUCCUGGCAAGCCUGAUAGAUCUGAUCUGAUCUUAUUUGAGCACAAUAUCAGAAUAGCGCAUUAAGGCUAGUAAAGUAUUGCUAACCUCUUAAUAUAGCUGCAAGCAGCGAUCAGCGGGGUCCAAGCUCCCUUUGCAAAUAGCAUUCCCACUGACCAGUUCUUCCCAAAUUACCCUGAACACUAAAGAGUCCAUAGAUGAACAUCCUGUUUAAGUAACUUAGACCUCAUUAGAAAUCCACUCAGAGGUUAGAAAAGUGAUGCAAUACGCCAAAUUUUAGCUUCAUUCCACUUACAGUUCCUGAGAAACAGCUAUUUAAACUUAACCAACAAUCAAUCAUGAGUUUCAGUUGUUUGAGUAAAUUUAAACUCCGCCCCACAAGGAUUUAUUGUGAUUUGGUAGCCAUAUUGUCAGACUAGUUAGCAAAAAGUAUAAAAUAUAAAAUGUAUGCUAAUCUCGAAGUGGAUUUUUAACGAUGACUGGGUUUCCUUUGGUGCUUGGACCCCUAAUAAGACUCUUGAUAUCUGUCCGCACACAUUUACAUAUAUAUUAUGUUUCUUUAGGCACAUUUGAGUCUUGUUUAACAUUUUGAUAAUUAAUUAUUGAUUUCCGUUCACAAUCUGAGAUGAAAUCACACUUUUGUACACCGAUCUCUUGUUUAUAAGAAAAGGGAAUCUAUGUUUUCGUGUCUCGCUCUGUCUUAUUAAUGAAAUGUUUUAUUAAGCUGCAUAUGCAUUUACCAGUCGUACACCAGCACUUAAAAGCUGUAGCAGAAACUUCUGUUCCUCAAGUUUGUGAAUAGCGUAUUCCGUAUACUAGACGUGGGUGGGAUCAAAGACACAACGUCCAAUCAGGCGUCACAAUAUCAGAACAUAACAGACGAAACAGUACCAAAGUCUUAAUAGACUUCCAUUAUAUGACUGUUUAAAACAUUUUCACCCACAUAUAAAACAUUCGUUUCUGUGGAAAGUCUUAGUGUUAUUUUUUAUUUUAUUGUCUUGGAAUGGAACAUUUGCGAAUCAUAAAAAUAGGAUUUUCUCAGACUAGACCGAUUACAUUUUAACAAGGUUCAGUAGUAGACAUUUUUAUUUGAUCUGAUUGGAGCUGCUUUAUAACUUUAUAAGAUAUGCUUUAUCUUUAUUUAAGAGAAUAUGCUUUAUCUGCUUUAUAAGAGGAGGAGAAAUUAAACAACUGGUACAAAAAAUAGAUUUUUAUCAUCCAAUCAGCUGCUUGUUCUGUGAUUAAACAGUAGAGUUGUUACAUUUAUACGUCAAUGCAACAACAAGGAAACCACACUUUUAAAACAUAUAUAUAUAUAUAUAUAUAUAUAUAUAUAUAUAUAUAUAUAUAUAUAUAUUCUGUUUGACGUUAAAUAAUAGCUGAUUUUUAAUACAUUUUUAGGGAUCUGAUCUGUCAGGGUGUCCUCUGCCUUUAUGCAGGUUAGUCGUGGCAGCCACGUGGGGCUGACCAAUCAUGAUUCAGGAUCCAAGGUACUGUUGUCCACCUGCAAAAUUCUGGAGAUAGUUCUGUAUAAAAGUCCUGCAGAUAGUUCAGUAGAUAGUUCAUAGGUAUACACAUAGAUAGUUCAGUAGAAAGUUCCAUAGAUAGUUCAGUGGAUGGUUCAGUAGAUAUUCCCAUAGAUAGUUCAGUGGAUGGUUCAGUAGGUAGUUCAGCAGAUAGUCCCAUAGAUAGUUCAGUAGAUAGUUUUAUAGAUAGUACAGUAGAUAAUUCAGUAGAUAGUUUAGCAGAUAGUUCAGUAGAUAGUACUGUAGAUAGUUCCAUAUGUAGUAUCAUAGUUAGCCUUACACAAAUAGAAAAUCCUGCAGAAAAGGAUAUUUAUAGCAGUAUCUAGGUCCUCUGCAAUGUAUGACCCCGAUCUUCACAGUUGUAGAGAUUAAAAAUAAACUAAAGAAACGUCAUCUGGCAGAAGGUUUCAAACUGUCAGCGCUCUCAGUGAGUUAGAAGUGAGUAGCAGCUGAACUGCUUUACAGAAUUAAAGUAACACAUCUGCUUUUUAAUUCUUCCAUCCAGGUAGCGAAGUAAGAGAAAUCUUUGUAUUCAGUGUGCACAUAGCCUUAGUCUGUUAUUGAUCUUGAUAUGAAAACAGUUCACAUUUAGUACAAAACAGCUCCACUGUUCAUCACAGCAACAAGCGAAAGGCACAAAACAUAACUCAGAUCAAUAUUAGUUAUAUUACCAUAUUGCUGAGCCCUGCUGUAUUCAAUAAGAAAUGUUCACAUGUUGCUCCUGUAAGUGUGAAAAUUAGCUCAGGACGUCAUGCCUUAUUAAACACAUACACUCGGCUAUCAUUUUCUGUUAAAGUAAUGUUUUAAUAGCAGUUAGAAAACACUACUACUAAUGUCAUAGCUUCAGAAUAAAGCUUUUCUCGGGUCUGGUGAUUUAAAGUGACAGUUUUAUUUUAUAAGACACUAAAUGUACAUGAAACCAGCAGGAUUUGAAGAUCCAUGACAGAGUUUUGAACCACAAAUGCAUUUGAUUAGUUAAAGAAACAUUUCAGCUACAAAUAAUAAAAAAACAAACUCCAGCACAAACUCAAGCAGCCUUCAGACACCCAGGACUGUGGACUGUUAAAAAUAAUAUGCGUGUACUGAAAUGUGAACGUUUCCAUGCUGUUAGGUUGAGAGGGACACUGCGUUUGUAAGAGCAGACGUUGCACCUUGCUGUAUUUUUUUUUUUUUAUCUGAUUAUUUGUUCUUAUCUGAUGUGUCUUUACCUGUCGGAUAACUGUCGGUGGCUGGGUUUGCACUAUCAUAAAAACAUUCAGGAAAAAUGUUUUAAUUAAUCUGGGAUGGUAAAUGUUACGAAUCUGUUUUUAUUCAUUCCAUUUGUGGCUGUAGUUUGAGUAAAAAAAAGAACAAAAAUCA